UGUAGAAUGUCUCCGGUAUCGUAGCUUCAAAAAAACCCUAUCGCUAUUUGGUUUUCCGUGACGACAGGAAAAAACUAAAUAAUCCAAACAUUAGAUUUAUGAAUCAACUAGUUUGACCUGACAAGAUACUAGUUUGGGAUCGGGUGGCGUUGUCGGUACCCGGAAGUACUAACAGGGUGAACGCUCAACUCCGUCGUCAUCUUCUCUGGAUCGGUUGGUGUGGUUUCACACAAUACAAUGAACCACACUGAAGAUUCCAACGAGACGACAGCGCCACACGUCGUUAAAGAAGAGCUCUUGGCAUCAGGGAGAUGGGUGAAGCUGGAGAAGACCACCUACGUGGACCCUGCUGGAAGCACCAGGAUCUGGGAGACCGUGAGGAGGACAACUAGACAAACCAACACAAACGCAGACGGUGUUGGCAUCAUAGCGCUGCUGAAGAGGACACUGCACAAAGACUGCGUGGUGAUGGUGAAGCAGUUUCGUCCCCCGAUGGGAUGCUUCACGUUGGAGUUUCCUGCAGGCUUGAUCGACGAGGGUGAGAGUGCCGCGACGGCCGCGCUGAGAGAGCUGAAGGAAGAAACGGGCUACAAAGGCGAAGUCGUCGGAGUGACCCCAGUGACUUGUCUGGACCCCGGCCUGUCCAACUGCACCACCCAGAUUGUCACGGUCAACAUCAAUGGAGAUGAAAUGGAGAAUAUCAACCCGACACAGCAGCUGGGUGAUGGAGAAUUCGUGGAAGUCCUCCUAUUACCUCUUGAUGAAUUCCAGACGAAAAUAGACGAGCUGCUGAAGAAAGAAGAAAUCGUGGUGGAUGCCAAGGUUUACAUUUUCGCCAUGGGGAUGGUGCAGGCUUUUUUCAAGCCGAGGGAGCUCCCCGUGCUCAAGCAGUGAAACGACAGGAGCUGAAAUAGUAUUACGACACGGGACCGAACUCUUUCAGACCAUUUUAAUUUGUACGAUUUCAAGUCCCAAAAAGCAGACAAUUAUGACUGCAUUUUAAGAUGUCAUUGUUUGGAUCCCACAUCUCAUUUUUUUUUCUGAACGUUUACUCCAUGUUUAAUUUCAGGUAAUAGUCGCAUCCAUAGGAAGUAUGAUCAAGAUGAUGUUUCAGGUUUUUUUUAUGACAUUACAAGUUACUUUUUUUUUUUUUACUGCAAUACAUUCCUUCACACACACUAACAACUUGUUACUAACUUAGUAGGACGUGCACGUCAGACACUGUUGAAAACUCAGUGGUGAAGGUCUUUUGAGAGUUAGGUUUUGUGGCUCUUUUUCUGUAAGUUGCUUCUUAAUCAUCCAUGUUUCGAGUGUUCCAGUUAUGUUUGUUCAUCUAUUAAUGUUUACGUGUCGCUGAGGUUUCAUUCUCUCACUUUCAACUCUACCGCGCGGUGCAAAAAGUUCCUGCUGAACAAUCCAUGCUGUGGCUCCAGCCUUGUUUUGAGGCCAUCAUUCCCACAUUGAUGCUGUACUCACCCCAGGGACCAGAAUUUGCGACACAAUUAAUAAAUGUACUACAGCCU